AUGUCACAGGGUCAUAGAAAAUUAGAUUAUGAAAUUAUUAGCCACAACAUCAGGGAACAUGUUAACAGCGACGCUUCACUAAAAGUCAAAGUGAUACAAACCCAUAUUGUUGAAAAAUACGGUUAUAAAAUCUCAUAUCGGAAAUCUUGGAUUGCAAAGAUUAAAGUCGUAGAAUUACUUUCUGGGAAUUGGGAGACGUCGUACAAUGACUUACCACAAUGGUUGUUGGUGAUGAAGACACAUCUUCCUGGAACUGUUAUACAGUUGGAAACAUUGCCAAUUAUUACAGACGAAGGAUCCCAAUUGGGCGACAAACGGAAAUUUCACCGACUUUUUUGGGCAUUUGAACCGUGUAUCUGUGGUUUUACUUACUGUAAACCUAUUGUGCAAAUUGACGGAACCUGGUUGUACGAAAAUUACAAAGGGACUUUGUUGAUGGCUGUGGCACACGAUAGAAAUGGUAACAUUUUCCCGAUAGCAUUCACAUUGGUAGAAGGUGAGACAAAGGAUGACACAUUACUCAAAACUUCAUGCGUGAGUUCAGAGACAAAGAACUACGGAAAACAGUUGUCAACAUGGAAUAUGCACUAA